AUAGGUUUAAUUUAUUUUGAAAGAAAAUUUAUACAUUGUAAUAUUUCCCUCCCAAAAGAAACUACAGAGUCACGGAAACCUGUUUUUAUGCUAUGCACAUCAAGCGCUGAGGCGAUCAAGAUUGAGUCAGGAUACAUGUGGUUGCAUUGUCAACUAAGUAAUUCCCAUUGCCAAUAUAAUGGAAUGGUAAAACCAAGCCAAACUACGACGGUAGGAAGAGUGUAUGCAGGGAGAAAAUGGAUCAACCGUACGCGUCAACUAGUAAGAAACGCAAGAGAGGACCUUAUGGUUCUAAAAAGGGGUCUGAUGAGGACAAGGAUUUUCAGUGCAUGAACUUGGUUGUAAAAGAGGACCACAGACUUCAGUCAACUAUCAACAUUGUUUCCCCAAUUGCAUCACAUCUGUCAGCUGAACAAACAGUACAGGAUGAUAAUCAGGGAUGUGUUACAACCGUUGAUGACAAACAAUUAACACAAACAGAUGAUGAUGAUGAUGAUGAUGAUGAAAUAUCAUCAGCUGAUGAUCAUGAUGAACGAUGUCGUGUUACGGAUGAGAAUAUAUUUGUUGAACAUGAAAAUGUCCUCAAGAACACACCUCAGAAACCAGCAGGAGCUAACAGUGAUGUACAAGACUCUCUGACACAUGAGGCUAUGGAUACUUUUUUCUCCAAGAUGGAGGACAAAGAUUUGGAUGAUGAUAUUGAUGAUUUGAUAGACCAAAUGUUACAUGAUAAUCAGCUGCGAAACCAAGAAAAUCUUGUGAAUGAUGAACAGACGGCUGUAAUUCUUGAGGAAAGGGUUGAGGUCCUGCGGCAAAUUACAGAAAUAUUUACAGACAGUGAAGAAUCUAAAAACCCUGCAAAUGAUGAAUCAACUGGAUCAAGCAAGUUAUUUCCAGACUCCCCGUACAGUCUCGGGCUAUUGGUACUUCUAAUAUGUUGUUUCUUGAUUCGUUUCCGGUUACCUGAUGAAGCAGCAGCAUACAUGUUGAAAAUAUUCGCUGCUGUGCUUCCACAAGGACACAGUUUAUUCCGUAGCUUGUAUCACUUGAGAAAAUUCAUAAAGAAAUUCACAGAAGACAUGUUUCCCACCUUGCAUUAUUAUUGUAGUAGCUGUUACUCAAAGGUUGAGAAAAAUGACAAAGUGUGUAUAUCGUGCAGAAAGGAUCUCACAAAGUCCGGAGGAGUUGCAUAUUUUGUACAUUUAAAGCUUAUAUCACAACUGAGGGCUCUAUGGAAAACUCAAGACUUUGUGAAUGACGUUAGAAAUCACAGAUUCCAACACAUUAAGAACAAUAAAAAUGGUAAUCUUAAAGAUGUGUAUGAUGGACAAUUAUACAAAAAUCUUUUCGAAAACGGCAUUCUGCAAGAAGAAAAUAAUUUGUCAUUUUCACUAAAUACGGAUGGUGCCCCUCUGUUCAAAUCUUCAAAUGUAAGCAUGUGGCCUGUGUACAUGCUUAUUAAUGAACUUCCCAUCGCAAAACGGAAACAUCGACAGAAUUCAGUGUUCUAUGGUGUUUGGAUUUCAUCCAAAAAGCCUCAGAUGUGGUCUUUUCUUCAACCCCUUUAUUCAGAAUUGAAACAUUUGGAAACUGAAGGGGAAACAUUUGAAGACUGUGAUGGAAAUUCAUUCUUGUGUAAAUGCUUCUUGCUUACGUGUACAUGUGACUUGCCUGCCCGAGCUAUGGUAUACAAUGUAAAUCAGUACAAUGGGGAUUUCAGUUGCUGGUUUUGUUUACAUAAAGGUGAAACACUUAAACUUGAUACUGGUGGAAUAGUUCAUAUUUUUCCAUACAAUAGUAGCAAUCCAAAAGGAAUUCCAAGAACAAAGGAAAGUAUUCUUGAAGAUUUGACAAAGGUUCAAACCAAUGUGGAAAAUGGUGUGAAAAAGUUCACAGUUCACGGACAUAAAGGACCUUUCUGGUUUCUGUAUCUGACAUAUUUCAAUGCAGUAUAUAGUUGUGUGAUUGACUACAUGCAUGGUAUUUGCCUUGGAACUACCAAGCAACUCAUGAACUUGUGGUUUGGUGCCUCGAAUAAGAGUAAACCGUACUCUGUAUAUCAUGCGAAACAAACUGUUAACAAAUUCUUGUCAGAAAUUCGUCCGACACUAUUUGUAACCAGGGUCCCACGGCUGAUAGAUGACAUCGCUCACUGGAAAUCAUCAGAAUUUCGUAACUUUUUACUUUAUUGGGGUAUACCAGUGAUGAGCAAAAUCUUGAGAAAGGAAUACUUUGUACACUUUUGUUUACUUGCUCGGGCAAUCUUUUUGUUGUCCAUGGAAAACAUAUCCCCGGUAGACAUUGCAACUGCUGAGGGAGCUCUUCUUCUUUUUGUAGAGAAUUUUGAAAGGUUGUAUGAAGCAAGGUAUACGACUCUGAAUCUUCAUCAAUUGAUUCAUUUGGUUGAUUGUGUUAGGCACACAGGACCUCUGUUUGUGAACAAUUGUUUUAUUUUUGAGGACCUUAAUGGGUACAUAAUCAAACAUGUACACGGUACACAAGGUGUUGAAAACCAGCUCGUAAAUAUUAUUGGACUUGUAAAGGCCAUUCCUAUAAUGUAUGACAGAUACUUUAAGGGAAUAGAUGAUUGUGAUUAUGUUUUUGAGCUGUAUCAUGAGUUAUCUGACAGUAUAGCUUCAAGAAGAAUUCAUAAACAUGAAAUUGAAGAUGGUAUAGUCAGAGUAGGGAAUUUAUUCAAUGGGGAACUAAGUGAUGAUGAAUUUGCUGCCAUUUCUAAUUAUGGAGUACAGUGUACUAGGAAUGUUUCAAAGUAUUAUAAUAUCAAUAUGUAUAAGAAGGGGUUUUAUGUAUAUGGGAAAUUGUACAAAAACCUUGUAAAAAGACAGCAGCAUGUUAUAACAUUUUUUCAUGAGAAUGACUACAAAUUUGGAUCUGUGGUGUAUUUCAUGGAGUCAAAUGAUAAGACCGGUAAUAAAAUCAACCUCGCACUUGUUGAACCGAUGAAAAAAGUCAAGUCUGUUGGCAGUGUUUGGAAAAUAGAAUUUAGGAAAAGUUGCAUUGCCAUCCCAUUGAAGUGCAUAACUAAUAUCAACAAUUUUGUGGGAAUAACUGGUGAUUUCUUUGUAUGUCCUCCUCCAAAUAGGUAUGACCGUGACUAGAAUCAAGUUCAUAUAAUUCCAGUUUACAUGUAAUGUUGUAUAGGGGUAUAACUUCUACAGAAUUUGAAGUUGAAACUUCAAAAAUAUAGUACUUUACUUCUAUACAUUUAUUUUAUUGUGUAAAGACAAUUGACAUGCAUGUAUUUGCAUUGCAUAUUGUUUACAUUAAUUAUGCAAAUGUACUUUUAUACUAUAAUAAUAAAAGGUAGUAUCAUUC